AUUUUUCGAGAUCAGCCAUCUGCAGUUUUUCCGUCACCAACAAUCAUGGCGGAUUACAAAGCGGCGCCCUUGGCCUCUUUGCCAAAAACAUUGGACCCAAACGAAUAUUUCAACUUGUCACCGGAGCACCGGCGCGCAGAGGAAGCCAGGGCUGCGGUUCGAGCGAACCUGAAGAGGCAGUAUCAGGUGCAGCUGAACAACCCGCACCGGAAGGAGCUGGUUGACGACCCUGCCCUGACACGAUGGGUGUAUGCGCGAGCAAACCCCUACCCACACUUCAGAGCAACAAAGAAGACUUCGCUGAUGGGAGCAAUGUUUGGAGUUUUUCCUCUUUUUUUCUUCUACUACGUCUUCAAAACAGAUAGGGAUAGAAAAGAGGAGCAGAUAAAGGCUGGAACCCUCGUGCGCAAGUUCAAUUUGACAUCAUGAGCUGAUGUUUGUGUGUAAUUACAAAUAACUAAAUAAAAUUAUAUUGUCAACCAUUUA